CGAAGAUUCAGUUGAACAACAGCCAGUACAAGGUCUUUCCUCGAAAAAGAAUUUAUUUUAUUUUUACUUAUCGUUUGAGCGGGUAUCCGUUUGUCUAGUCUUUAGUCAAUACGGUCCCAUUGCUGUUCGUUUACUCGUUCGUUGGAUUAUUUUUAUAAUUUUGAUUAAGAAAUCGUAAGCUUCGUCAUUUUACCGUACAUAUUUCGGGGAUCAAAUUUACCGUAAUGCCGCGCACUAAAACCCAAAAACCGGCCACCAAGAGGAACCGUAAUAGUGACGAAGACGGUCUCAAAAUGCAACUGAAAGAAAUGAAGCGUAUUCAUGACGAUUUUGAAAGCGAACGGAUAAUUGUCUGGCAGCGUCGGAAGGAGUUGAUUACCGAUAUAACGCAAAAAUUUCGCUUCAGUCUCAGUGCCGCCGAAUUGGAAAUGACGGUCGGUGAAUUUGUAAGCUGUAAAUCAAGUCAAAAUGGAUCGCUAUUAACUGAAGCCAGUCAGGCCAGCAGAGCUGAUGAUGAUGGCUACGUUACAGAGUCAAGUCGUCGUUCGUCGAAACCGAAAAAGACCAUUGGUACCGAACAGAAGAAAAAGCAUCGUCGCAGUCGAUCAGCUGCUGCCAAUGUGUCCACAAUGUCUGCACGACCAUUGAGUCGCGUCAAUUCGGUCAAUGAGCGUUUGUCCAGAUCCAAAUACCGUACGCCGGUCAGUCGUUUGCAAACAAUGAGUGCCGAUCGAUCGGUCAUGGCACCGGUCACGCCGAAAAUCCAAAUGAAUACACCGAUGUCGUUGCUACGCUAUCCGAAAGUUGGCGAAACCAUCAUUUCCAUGUCGGGCAGUCCGGUUAUCGUGAACGGUGGUACCAUGCAAGGAAUCGCCAACAUUAACAUACCGAUCAAGGAUGGAAUGUUCUCGAUGCAACCGAAUGCUAUUACGGACGUCGACUCGGAUCUCGUUUCACGCAUCGAUAACACUACAAUGAACCAGCUGAGGCAACUGCAGGCGAAUUUGAAUUUUGUCAUGAGUACAUUCAGCGGCAUCAAAAAGAAGAAGUGAGACGGUGUUGAUUGGAUUGUCGAAG